AUGUUCUCUGUCAUGCUGACGGAUGCCUACCAAGAAGAACGUCCGGGUAUCCGCGUCGCCUACAGGACGGACGGCCAACUCCUCAACCGCCGGUGGAUGCACAACUACCGUCCACGAACUCUUCUUCGCGACGACUGCGCUCUCAACGCAGCUCAUAGAAGACUCGAAGCUGGCCUUUGCUUCCUUUUUGCAUUAACUCUAGCUCCAAUCUUCCCCUCAUUGACAAUUUCACUCCGAGAGAUCGGUCUUAUGCCACGCGCAACUCCUUCCUGUUGAUUCCGCCGCCUCUUCGCACCACAUCUAAGCGCUCCGUCUUCUUUGCUUCCAAAUAUGCGUUCCUUUGGAAUAAUUUUCCGCCAGAAAUUAGAUCCUCGGUUAAGUUACUGGUAUUCAAGUCGAAAUUACGCAAACACCUUACACCGGAAAGUAUAAAGGCACUGUUAAUGGUCUCAUUCCAGAACACUCAGCUUCUUGACUUCGAGAAGGGUCCUCCUGGGAUUUAGUGGUAGACCAAAUGGAAACCCUCAAUUAUAUCUUUACAAACCCUGUUUUGAAUUGGUUUCUAAAUCCACUGCUAUCACGGCUAUUAUAGAAGGGGACAUGUAAAGGGGCAUGGGAAUCUUCGUCACCGCCUGCGACAACUUCGAUCUGAUCAUCAACACGGAGAAAACGGUGGUCACGUACCAGCCGCCCCCAUCAACUUGAACGACGCCCAAUUGCAAGCCGUGGACAACUUCACCUAUCUAGGCAUCACCCUCUCUCGCAGCACCCAAAUCGACAACGAGGUGGAUCUACACAGCCAAUCAAGCCUUCGUUCGCCUGCAGAACGCUGUUUGGAAUCGUCACGGUCUCUGUCUCAGCACCAAGCUCGAGACUUACAAAGCUGUCAUCUUGCCAACGCUGUUGAGUGGAACGGAGACCUGGGCGAUGCACAAGAAGCAGGCGCGGAAGCUCAGCUAUUUUCACCUCAGCUGUCUCCGGAGGAUACAAAGCUGAAGUGGCGGAGCCGGAUCCCCAACACGGGAGUUCUGGAACGGACAGGAAUCCAUGCCAUGCUGAGACAACUGAAACCACGUUGGAGCGGCCACCUUGUGCGGAUGGGCAAUGGGCGGCUACCCAAAUGA